AUGAAUGCACCCAAAGCCAUUCCUUUCAUAAAAUACAUCAACAAUCAAUUCCAAGUGGAUCCUCAAGCUGAAUAAUUUCUAACCUCCCUAGGAUCAGAAAAACUGGGAGUUGUCUCCAUUGUAGGCAAAUAUAGAACCGGCAAAAGUUUCUUCGUCAAUCGAGUCCUUCUGAAUCAACAAGCAGGAGGCUUCUCAGUGGGUCCCACCAUAAAUCCUUGCACCAAGGGUUUGUGGAUCUGGAGUCAAACUAUCACAGCCCAAAAUGCUGAAUUCCCAGAUAUGAAGGCCAUCAUCAUCGAUACUGAAGGAUUCGGAGGCAUGGAUGAGAAUGUCAAUCACGAUACCAGGAUAUUCCUGUUCAGUCUCCUCUUGAGUAGUUACUUCAUUUACAAUUCUGUUGGUAACAUCGAUGAAAAUGCCCUCAACACUUUGAAUUUGAUAGUCAAUCUUGCGAAGGACAUUUAAUAAAACAACGAAAAUACAUUCCCUCAAUUCCUCUGGAUCGUCAGAGAUUUCGCACUUCAAAUGGUCGACCAAUAGGGAAACCCCAUCAAUCCAAAGCAAUAUCUGGAAAACAGCUUGGAAUUGCUCAAGGGAUUGUCUGACUCUGUCGAAUAGAAGAAUCGAAUAAGGAGAAUGAUCAAACACUUCUUCAAAGAACGAGAUUGUAUGACGAUGGUCAGACCAGUUGAGAGAGAGGAAGAUCUCCAAAGAUUGGACACUCUGCAUGAAAACAGUUUCAGAGGAGAAUUUGUGUAGCAAUUGAAAGAGGCCAGAUCUAAGAUCUUCAAACGAGUUAGACCUAAGUCUGUUUAAGGAAGCAUGGUUAAUGGAAUUUAGUUAUUGCAAUUGGCAAAGGCCUAUGUUGAUUUGAUCAAUGGAGGUAAGGUGCCAAAUGUGGAAUCUGCAUGGGGUUACGUAUGCAAGGCUGAAGGAGAGAGAGCCCUCAGAGAAUGCAUUAACAUGGCUGAAUAAUCUAUUGAAAAGCUGAAGAAUCAGGUGAUCUAAGACUUGCCUGCUGUCAAACAACAAUUACUGGAAUAGGUUAGGAAGUAAUUCAGAUUGAAAGCCAUAGGAUCUGAGGAUGACCUCAAACAAUUUACAGAGAAGUUAGCAGAAUAAUUUGAAGAUAAAUUCAAGGAACUCAAAUAGAGCAAUAAACGAAAUCUCAAGAACCAUCAAUCCAAAGUUUUGUAGCCUCAUAUUGAAAAUAUUCUGGAGAAAUUGAAGAAUGACGAAUUUUCCAACUAUUAUGAAUUAUAAUCAGAAAUGUUUAAAAUUAGAGAUUAAUUCCAGAAAGAGGUUGGCAGAAAUUAACAGGUUUCUUAGUUAUUUGAUGAAAUGAGUUUAUAAAUUUAUCAAUAGGCAGCUGAGAAACUCACCAGGAAGGCUUCCUAACAAACUAAUUAAGAGAAUAAACAGUUACAGUAUAAAGUAUAGAAUUUGGAGAAGGAAUUGAAGGCAUUAUAAGAUGAUAAGCAUUAAUUGGAAUUGCAAGCUCAUAGCAAAUUGGAGAAGUUAAGUAAGGAGAAUGAAUUACUAUCUAAAAGUGAAUUACAACUUAAAACACAAUUCUAAUAAAUUUAACAAUAGACACAUUAAGUUCAAUAAUAGAGUCAACAUCAAAUACAAUAACAUGAUAAAUAAUUAGCCUUAGUUACUCAAGAAAAUGCGUUCUUGUAAAAAGAAAUACAAAGCUUGAAUGAUAGAUCUUCUCAAUUGGACAAUGAGAACAAGAAACUCAGAUAAGAAUUGAUCACAUAAAAAGCUGCCAAUGAAUAGUUAUAAUAAAAGUGCCAUUCUUUAGACUAUGGAAGGGCUUAGGAGAUACAAAAGUUGCAACUAGAAUUCGAAAAAAAAAUAUAAGAAUUGAAUAAUGAUAUCGAUUCAAAGAAAUAAACUGCUAGAUAACAAAGCGAAUGGAUGGUUGAAAAAUCUUAUUUAGAAAAUUAAGUGACCUUCUUGAAGAGUUAGUUAGAUGAAAACAAAAGAUUGCAUGAUGCCCUAUUAAUUGCCUUGUAAUCUUAAAACAAUCCAAGCAAUGAUUAUUAGGAGUCAACUCUUGAACUCUUAGAAACCAACAGAAAUCUCUCUGCUGCCAUGGAUAAAAUGGAAAUGAGAUGCAAGUAAUUAGAAGAAAAAGUCACUAAACUUAAAAAAUUCAAAAAGAUCUUCAAAAAUAGUUCCAGUAUUGUUUGCAUAAAUUGUAAUAGACAAUAUUAAAGUAAUGGAUUUAGUUAACAUUUAUCAACUUGCAUUGAUAAUAAUCCUUUGUAAUCCAAUAGUUUAAACUUAAUAACGUAUGAACAACGAAUCUAUAAUAAUAAUAAUACACACAAUCAAUCACUUAGUCAUCCUCUACCACCUCCAAUUGAUUUAAGUCAAUUGUAAAUAUCAAUCAAUCAAACCAUGGUUAGAGAAACUCCUGAUAAUAAACCUUACACUGAAUACAUGAUACGAGUGCAAUAUAAUUUGAAGAAAUGGACUAUCUCCAGAAGAUACAAAAACUUUUGUGAAUUACAUUAAGCUAUCAUUUAAUAAUAUCCCAAUUUGAAAAUGCCAGAAUCAAGUUCAGCCAUCAUCAAUACAGCUGAUAUUGGCAGUGUAUUUAAUGCUAAGCGACCUACAGUCAUUGAAGACAGAAGAAGAGCCUUACAAUCAUAUAUCAGAGAUUUAGCUAAACUAGACCCAGUUAGAAAUUCCACAGCUUAUCGUAAAUUCUUAGAAUUAGACACUAUAGAUCAGGUUGAACAACCUAGCAGAAGCAUGUCACAAAUGGGCUCACCCAAGAAUGAAGGACUUCAAUCUUCUAGAGAUUAUGGAAGAGAAUCUCUAUCAGUUAUGCCUAAACCAUUUUGGAAAUAGUCAACCUAAUAAAUUGCCAUCGGUGCUUCCACUUCAAGGGAAUAGAAAUAUGAAGACGUUCCUCCUUAGAAUAACUAUGCUAGAUAGAAAGAAAAUUAACCAACUUCAUCUACCUCCAAUUUAAACACCAAAAUUGACAGAAAAUUGUUACCUUAAUCACCUUAAUCAUUCCUAAAGGCAUUUUAGAAAUAAUAAGAAACUUCUAAAGUCUAUAAGAUGCAUCAUUAACAUUCAUUACUAGAAAUAUCAGGAGACAUAUAAUGA